AUGCCUACGCAAGGCUACUAUGGUGGCUAUUCUCUCGUCCGCUCCACCACCAACGCCACCAACGGCGUGGCCUCCGCCAUCGUCUCCUCCUCACACGCACACAUCCCAACAACAGCCAACAAUAAUACUAACAACAACAGCACUAACACAACAACAACAUCAACAAUAAUAACAACAGCGGCAGCGCAGGAGAAAACACCGGCGGGUCUCGCGCGGAUGAACUUCGCCGCCUGCAACAGCGAUUGGAUGCCGUCGCUCGCACGGGCCUCCGCCGCCGCCGGGGAGUCCGUCGCCCGCAAAACAAUUCUGCAGGCAAUCGUCGGAAUGCAGAACUUUUACCGGGGAAUGCCACUCCGUGCAGUAAAUAAUAAUACUAAUAAUAUUAAUACUACUGUGAAUCGUACAAGUGUAAGUCCUAUAGAUAGCAAAACCACAAGGGAGGUGGUGUCUGAUAUGGUAGUAGGAAAUAAUAACAACAAUAAUAAUAAUAAUAAUAAUAAUAAUAAUAAUAAUAAUAACAGUGCGACGACCACUAUUACCACUACCACUACUACCACAACCACAAUGACUACCACUACUACGACAGUAACACCUAUUGGUAUGCCCAAAAAUACAGAAACGAAAAAGAAAUUAAUUACAAUUCCAACUCCCAUUGGAAGUGAUACUUGGGCUGCCAUCAGUGAUGCCGCACUGACAACGAAAUCUGGUGUGGUUGCAGCAAGACGAACACUUCCACAUCCAGUGCCUCCCAUGGCUAUUGGUGUUUCCGAUGCGGAUUUUGAUUUGGAAUUGAAAUCCGUACGCAAAGGCCCAGAACCACUAUUUCGUGAUCUUCUUUCCUUAUCCUCACCUUUAGAAUCUAAAUCCUAUACGGCGUUUACAUACAGUACGAAUAACAAACUUCGAAAAGAACCAAUUCCUAUAGAUGCUAUUAUUGACUCAAAACAAGAAGUAGUAAUGAAAAUGCAGGAUCAACAUGAGGAGAAUAAAGGAGAGAUAUUACAACAACGUCGCCCUAUCCCACCUGCACCUAUUUCUACAAGUCCAAUACUACCUCUUCAACGUGAGAGUCACUUGGAGAGGGAAGAGGUGGUGUUAGAACAACAAGAAACUAAGAAGCCACGGUAUGUACGAUCAGAUUCUCCAGAAUUGUUUAUGAAUGAAGAACAAUAUGUUUCUCAGGCAUUAUUAGAUGAGGUCAACUCUGGAGGUCUUAGCAGAACCACAUCACCUCUUCGUGUAGAACAGGAAAAAACACAAACUCCACUUCUUCUUUUUAGUGGUGAUAGUGGUACUGCCCGCCAGAGCAAACAUAAUGGAAGUUUGUUGCGUGAGGGAGAUGAAGAAAUGCGACUUUUUGACGAUGAUGAAGAGGAAGAUGCAUUGGAGCGAAUUAAGCGGGCAAUCAAUAUUGUUAUGUCUGUUGCUACACCAGAUAAUACUAACGUAGAUACGGAAACGUCCUGUAAACCAACAAAGGGUAUGGACUUUGAUAUGGAGUGGGCAAAAGCUAAACAUCAGAGCCAGCAGAAGAAUUCCUUUUUUCACGGUUUUUAG